ACAAUUUACUCACUUCACUCAUAAUAAUAAUAAUCAUCAUCAUCAUCUGCUUAUUAGGUUUGAUCGAAGCGUUUCAUGGGACCCAGCGAUUUAUAUAACACUGUUGUUUAAUGUGGAGUUUGAUUUCCUAUGCACAACUUCUGCCAGACGCUAAGCUAGCUAAUGCUAUAUCAUGAAAUACACGCCGCACGCUGAUAAUUAGCUUUUAGUUAUAUGUGCAUUCAAAUGUAAAAAUUGUGUGCAUGUAGAAAGUAAAGUGAUCUGUCUGCUACCGCGGUAAGAUCGCUAUUUAUCGCCAGAAAUUGUUAGCCUCCGUGUCUUUAGAGGCCCAGUACGAGAGUGUAGCCUGUUAGCGUGGCUCCAGUUUAUUACAGGAUAACGCAGCACUUCACUACUAUAUUUUACAUUGGGUAACGGAGCUGCUUUUUACUAAUUGGGAUGUUAAAUAUUUAAUCUGACCUUAAACUGCUUGGCUAAUUUGCAACGGUGAAUGUUUAUGGUCCAUGUUUAUGAAGUUAACAGCAAUGGAUCCAGAGAGACUGAAGCGCAAGGAGGAAAUCGAGAAAUCCCUGGGAUUCAUUCAGUCAUCUUUGCCUUUUCCUGAUCCUGAGGGUUAUGAGGCAUUUUUGAUGCAGUUAGUUUGCAACUUGCUGGAUGAAGGCAACACAGUGUUUCGUGAAGGAGACUGGAGACAGGCAGCUGUUCACUAUAGCGAAGGUGUAAACGUAGCCCGAUAUGCCCAGUCUGAAGCACUGGUCAUGCCACCAGAACUGCUUGAAAGUCUCUAUGUGAACAGGGCAUCCGCACACUAUAGUCUUGAAGAGUAUGAGCAGGGUGUGCAGGACUGUGAUUGUGCACUGGCUGUGUCUGAGGGCAACAGGAGAGCACUCUACAGGAAGGCGCUAUGCCUGAGAGAGCUGGGUCGAUUCAGAGAGGCUUAUGAGUGUGGCACUGGGUGCCUGCUCGCUUCCCCUCAUGACAGACAAGUCAGUGAGUUGGCUAAGGACCUGGCCAACAAACUUGGCCUGAAAAUUCGCAAAGCCUAUGUUAGUCCUCAGGUUGAAUCUACGACAUCUGGCCCAGCAAGUAAUGGGGAAGCUGCACCUUCUACAGGGGAGACAUCCUCAAAUGGUUUGGAGUCACUGACAGACAUCGGAUCAGAUUUGUCAAGUGCUCAGUGCAUACCUGCACCUCUGGCUACACCAAUUCCAGUCAGUGAUGACCCUGCAAUGCCUUCGCUGAGUCCAAUAGUUUCCCAGGACACACCUGAGAGCCCCAGUCAGGGGCCCACUGGGCAGGUGCAGUACUCUGUGCCGGUGUCUGAGGAUGUGGGUGAAUGUGUGAUAAAUCCAAAUCUGGACAGUUUGCUGGAAAAAGGAGCCGAGGUCAGCGUGAACCCUGUUCAAGGAGCCAUUCCAACAAACCUUCCAAAUACAGCUGUAGGGUUGCGUACUACCUACCCAUCUGGUAUCCCAGCCUCUUCAUCCCCACUCACGCCGCCUUACUUCGGCUCCACUAUUAGUCCCCUCACUCAGCUGGACUCUUUUUCAGCACUUGGCCAGAAUGAGAGCUCACAGGCCAUGGAGUCUCUCAUCCCUUUUUCUGCUGGGGCUGGAGAGGCUGUUGGGAGGGCUAGAGCUGAAUCUUUUGGUGCACAAGGACUUGACUCUCUCUCUGAGUAUACACUGCCAGGAGGAAGAGUCUCUAGCAGUUUCUUUUCUGGAUUACGGAACCAUAGUACAGUUCAUUCAAAUGGCUCAGCUGCCACCAACCUUUCCCUCUUAUCCCAGAAUCCACUGGCUGCCACCCAUGAGUUCAGACAGGCCUGCCAUGCCUGUUACAGUCGCAUAGGCCCUCGAGUCAUGGAUUACAAGUAUCAGCCGGAAGCAGCUCAUCGCUGUAAAAGAGAUGUGCUGCUCUGCCGCCUCAAAUCAUCUGAAGACACCACAUGGAAAAGGAUACGGCCUCGCCCUGCUCGCAAUAACUUUCUUGGAGCAUUUGUUCUUUGCAAAGAGGUUCAGGAGCGCCAGGAGUGCCAAUAUGGUGAAAACUGCACAUUUGCCUAUUGCCAAGAGGAAAUAGAUGUGUGGACCCAGGAGAGGAAAGGAGCUUUAAGUCGAGAGCUAUUAUUCGACCCCCUGGGCACAAAUGAAAGACGAGCACUUAGUGUCACUCGUUUGUUGCAGAUUCAUAUGGGCAUGUUCAUGUUCCUCUGUGAGGAAUGUUUUGACAGUAAGCCUCGCAUUAUCAGCAAGCGCAGCAAAGAGAACCUAGGUGUCUGCUCCAAUCUAACUGCAAAGCAUCCUUUUGAUGAUAACAAGUGCCUGGUGCACGUGGUACGCUCAGCCAAUGUGCGCUACAGUAAGAUUCGCCCACUUCAUCCACUAUGCCAGUUUGAUGUUUGCCGCCAUGAGGUGCGCUAUGGCUGCCAGAGGGAAGACAGCUGUUCUUUUGCUCACUCAGUUAUUGAGCUCAAAUGCUGGGUGCUGCAACAGGACACAGGUAUCACUCAUGAGGAGAUGGUGCAGGAGUCGAAGAGACACUGGCAAAGACUGGAGCAGAAUGCACAACGACAAAAGCCCAUACAUAUGCCUCAUCCAACCAGCAGCACUAGCAGUAAUUCUAUGGGCAGUGCCAGUUUUGGGACUGGAGGAGGGGUUGGAAUGGGAGGUGACGGGAUGGGAGGUGGAGGCUCAGGAGGGGGCACAUGUGGCCGAGGCCGUGGGCUCAACCUCAAGAUGAAAUUUGUAUGUGGCCAGUGCUGGAGGGAGGGCCAAGUCAAUGAGCCAGACAAGGCACUGAAAUACUGCACUGCAAAAGCCAAACACAGCUGGACAAAAGAGAGGCGGGUUCUGUUGGUAAAAUCGUUUGAGAAGAAAAAGUGGGUAGUUGUACGGCCACUGCCUUUCUCUCGAACUUACCCCCAGCAGUAUGAUAUGUGUGUUCAUGUGAUGAAACAGAAAAAGUGCCACUAUAUUGGGAACUGCUCUUUUGCGCACAGUUCAGAAGAGAGAGAUGUGUGGACCUACAUGAAGAACAACAGUUUGAGAGACAUGCAGCAGAUGUAUGAUUUAUGGCUAUCACUGACCAAUCAGAACCGUCGAUCAGAGGGGCCCAUGAUGACUCCACCUCCUGAAGAAAAACAGAAUGCCAUGCCAGCUGACUACACUGAGUCAGUGGCUGGACAGCGCAUGUCAGGAAGUGGGGAACUGUGACCUCAGCCAAAGCAUUGAGUGGUAGGCCAUGUGACUACCUGGAUGAGGCUUCCUUUCACAAAAACAGUCAGUUUUUGUCCAUUCCCCUCAGUGCAAAUUUAGGAUGCACUGUAGUCUGUCUGCUGACAGUCUGACUGUAAGCCUAAGAAGGUGACAGUGAAUACAAACAUAGAUGUUUUCUUAUUCAUGCCCAAAUACAUUUGUCGACAUUA